AUGCAGCUUACCAGCUUCAUUAUCAUUUUGCUCAUGAUCUCUGCCAUCGCGUCCAUUCUGGUGAAUGCGACUGGCCCCAAGGCGGCCGACCCUCUCUCCUACACCACAGGCACCGAUGCUGACCGACGUGUUCGACCGAGGCAUCGCUUCGACGGGACGUCAGGGGAUCCGAACGGUGCUGGACGUCAGGGAAGAGGAACUGAAUUCGCAAGGCCAAGAGACUGGCGCGUUUGCGCAGAGAACGGUUUGAUCGACCAUGGCAUUAUUGUGCUGAUCAAUGCGGGUAUCGCAGCGUGGACGGAAAGCAAGGCUGGCGACGCACUGGAGGCGCUGUCGAAGAUGACACAGGCCAACAUCUACGUGCUCCGCGAUGGGAAGGAAGUGCAAGUGGCCGUGCCCACAGUGGUGGCCGGCGACAUUGUGGUCUUAGGGACUGGCGAUGUGGUGCCUGCGGACCUGCGCCUCUUUGAAGCUAAGGACUUCAAGGUGAGUGAGAUGGCCCUGACAGGUGAGCCGGAUGAUGUGGCGAAGACCUCCAAGGUGAAGGAGAAGAAGGACGGUGCUCCAGAGAAGCUGACCCCCGAGACCAUGGCCUUCUCGGGCUGUAGCAUCACCAGUGGUGUUGGCAUGGGCUUGGUCACAGACACCGGAAUGAGGACGCGCAUCGGACGAAUCGCCCAGCUCAUCAAUGGGGACGGCGGGGCGAAGAAGACGACCUGCUUCUGCUUCCCGGACACCUCUGCGAACCAGACGCCCCUCCAGCAGAACCUCAACAAGCUGGGUGCUCGCAUCGGAGUGCUGGCCAUCGUCAUUUGCAUCGGCAUCUUCAUCAUCGGUUGGCUGGCAGACCGCAAGGAUCCGACCAGUUCAGACCCAAAGAGUCCUGCUUGGCUCUACAUGAUCCUCGUCUCGGUGACCUUGGCAGUGGCAGCCAUCCCGGAAGGCAUCCCGCUCUGUGUCACCAUCUCCCUGCCCCUCGGGUUUGCCAAACUGCCGUCCGCCCAGGUGGACCAAGAGGUGCUGGUGCGCAAGAUCGCGGCGGUGGAGACCCUGGGCUCCGCCUCGGUGAUCUGCAGUGACAAGACCGGCACGCUGACGGAAGGCAAGAUGACCAUGGUGGGCAUGUACGCCGCGGGAACCACCUACGAAGUCACCGGCAAGGGCUUUGACCCUGAGGUGGGUGGCGUGAUGCGCGAGGACGGCCAGGAUGGCCGCAACGACCUGGGCGUGAAGAGCAACUUGUUGACGGCAAUCCUUUGCUGCAACACCACUCUCAGCAAGGAGACCGAUGAGGCCGGAGUGAUGAAGUGGACGCCCAAGGGCAACUCGUCGGAGGCUCCGAUCGUGGUGGCUGCACGCAAGGUGGGGCUUUCGGAGACCAUCGCCGGCGAAUACCCUCGAGUGCUGGAAGUUCCCUUCUCCUCCUCCAGGAAGAUGAUGCUCACCGUCUCGAAGGUGGGUGGCUCUCACUUGUGCCAGGGAGGCAUGCCCUUGCCGCCAGGGACGAACUACUUGACGGUGUGCAAGGGUGCGCCCAACUACAUCAUCGACCUUUGCUGUGAGCAGCUGAACCCUGAUGGGAGCGUGGCCAAGUUGAGCGACGCGGACAAGUCCAAGAUCCUGAAGAUCGUGGACGGCUACUCCGCGCGCGCCUUGCGCGUCCUGGCGAUCGCCGCGCGGCCCAUGUCCAAGUUGCCGUACGAUGAGAACAACGAGGAUGUCACCACGGACCAGAAGUUCGACGCUUGCCGCCAGCAGCUGCGCCUCAUGGGCUUGGUCGCCUCCAUUGACCCGGAGCGCGACGGGGUCCCGGACAGCGUGGUGGCCGCGCGGGGCGCGGGGAUUCGCGUGGUGAUGAUCACCGGAGAUUACCUGUUGACGGCGAUUGCCAUCGCCAAGAACGUGAACAUUCUGCAAGACACCGACGAUGUCGAGACCUCCGCCAUGGAUUGUGCCAGUCUCCGGCCCAACGGCGAAUACCUCUCCAACCAGGAGAUGGACCUUGUCACCUGCAGCACGCGUGUUUUCGCACGUGCCAAGCCAGAGGACAAGCUGGAGAUCGUGAAGAGCAUCCAGCGUCAAGGUCAGGUGGCUGCCAUGACGGGCGAUGGAGUGAACGACGCCCCGGCGCUGAACCAGGCGGACAUUGGAGUGGCCAUGGGUAUCCAAGGCACUGAGGUGGCCAAGGGCGCUUCGGACAUGGUCUUGACAGAUGACAACUUCUGCUCCAUCGUGAAUGCAGUGGAGAAGGGUCGAGCCAUCUACAGCGGAAUCCAAAAGUUCGUGGCCUUCAUCAUGUCAGUGCACAUUGCCGAGGUCAUGCAGAUCUUCAUUUGCAUCGUCAUUGGCAUCCCUGUGAUGCGAACUCCCUUGCAGAUCCUUUUCCUGAUUCUGGUCACGGACUUGCCACCUUCCAUCGCCUUGGGCAUGGAACCAGGUGAGGCGCACAUCCUCAAGAUGCGCCCACGACCCAAGGAAGAGCCGAUCGUGCUGAUGUGGAUGUGGUUGGCAAUGAUCAUGAACGGCAUGGUGCUCACUGUGGUGGUCGUCGCGGUCUACAUUAUCUCCUUGAUCCACUUCUGCGAUGGCGAGAUCUUACAGGCUAACAUCUACGAUCUGGGAAAAGGCUUCCAAGACAGGCUGGCUAAGGCGCAGACCGUGGCGUUCAUCUCCUUGGUGUGGUCUGAAAAUAUCCGUGCCUACAUCUCGCGGUCCUUCACCAAUCCCAUGUGGCAUGACAUCUUGGGGAACAAGCACAUGCAGAAGGCCAUCAUCAUGGCGCAGGUUUGCCUCUACGUGGCGGUGCUCACGCCGUAUUUGUCCGACCGCAUCUUGGGGCUUCGAGGACUGGAGAUUGGCAUCUUUGGGUGGGCCUUGGCGAUUGCUGGGCCCGUGGGAUGUUUCAUCCUGAGCGAGUCCUGCAAGCUCAUCAGUGCAUAUCAGGCUCGGAAGCAUCAGGAGAGCUUGGCCAUGUCCGAGGCUGUUGCUGCCCCGGCGAAGCCCAUCAAGGUGGCUGGUGGCGGUGUCAAGAAGGGAGUCAAGCACGUUGAGCCGGAACCAAAGAGGAGGAGUUGGUUCUCAUGCUGCAUGGGUGGGAUGUUUUAA